UUUCCUCACGUCGGCUGCAGUGAAGGAGAGUCCGCAUGUUUUAGUUGCGGGCCGUGUCAGUGGCACUGUAUUGUCCUCAAAGCGGGCAAAAAAGUUAUUUAGUCUGCCUGGGAGCAAGACAUCCUGGUCCGUGACUGGGCUGGUUUUCUUUUUGUAAUCCGUGAUUGACUGUAGACCCUGCCACAUACCUCUUGUGUCUGAGCCGUUGAAUUGAGAUUCUACUUUGUCUCUAUACUGAUGCUUAGCUUGUUUGAUUGCCUUGCGGAGGGAAGUCGUUGAUUGUGGCCUGUGGAAUGUUGUCCAACUCCUCUUCAAUGGCCGUGUGAAGUUACUGGAUAUUGGUAGGAGUUGGAACACGCUCUCGUACAUGUCGACCCAGAGCAUCCCAAAUAUGUUCAAUGGGUGAUGUCUGCUUUUGUCUGCCCAUACCAUAACCCCACUGCCACCAUGGGGCACUCUUCGCAACAUUGAUGUCAGCAAACUACUCGCCCACACCUCGCCAUACACUCUGUCUGCAAUCUGCACAGUAUAGAUGAAACCAGGAUUCAUCCGUGAAGAGUAGACUUCUCCAGCGUGCCAGUGGCCAUUGAAGGAAAUGUUUUACAGUGUGGUGUAGGCCCAUUCCAGAAAAAAACCAUCUGGGCCUCAAUUGGUAGGCUACAAGUUUAUUUUUUAAACCCCACCCACAGACAAACGCCAAAGACACAUCAAUCAUGACAACAGCAUUCUGUUGAGCGGGGCUAAUCUAUGCGUAAAACGAAUUAACUACAGAAAACAGAAGAAAACUGAUUAUGAACUGAAGCACAAACAAUGGAUUGACAUUUGUUAAGUUGCUCCAGUGUUCCAUAGUUAUCGAACAAAAGGAGGCAAGUUCUGAAAAAGAGACUGUCAACAUCCAGCCUCAACCAUGGAUUGGAAGACCUUCCAAGCCCUCCUGAGUGGGGUGAAUAAGUACUCCACGGCAUUUGGUCGUAUCUGGCUCUCUGUGGUGUUUGUGUUCAGGGUGAUGGUGUACGUGGUGGCGGCGGAGCGUGUGUGGAGUGAUGAUCAGAAGGACUUUGACUGCAACACCAAGCAACCCGGCUGUGCCAACGUCUGCUACGACCACUACUUCCCCAUCUCCCACAUUCGCCUGUGGGCCCUGCAGCUCAUCUUUGUCACUUGCCCUUCCUUCAUGGUGAUGAUGCAUGUGGCGUAUCGCGAUGAACGCGAACGGAAGAAUGCCAUGCACGGCAACAAGGACAAGCUGUACGAGAACACAGGGAAGAGGCACGGCGGCCUCUGGUGGACCUACCUGCUUAGUCUCUUCGUCAAGACGGGCAUCGAGAUCUCCUUCCUCUACAUCCUCCACAAAAUCUACGACAGCUUCUACCUGCCCCGGCUGGUCAAGUGUGAGGUCAGCCCCUGCCCCAAUCAGGUGGAUUGCUACAUCGGCCACCCCACAGAGAAGAAAGUUUUCACCUACUUCAUGGUGGGCGCCUCGGCCCUCUGCAUUGUGCUCAACGUCUGUGAGAUCAUAUACCUUGUCUCCAAGCGGAUCGCUCACAUAGCACAAAAUAAGAGGAGAAAACGGAACACCAUGGCCCUGAAUGAACGGUACAGCAAGGAGAAUUCCUGCAGCGACUGCACUCUGCCCAUGUCUCAGCUGGAGAAACAACCCUUAAGGUUCCAGUCCCCAGGCCACCUUCAAGCCCCUUUACCGACUCACAUGCGGGCGUCUGCCCCUAACCUGUCCUCUGCAGCAUAGGAUGCCUGAACUAUCCCAAGAUUCAACCACAACAUGUAUGCCUUUUGAGCCAGGUCUCACCUUAUUGAUCAAGCCUGCUCAUGCUUGUCCUCCUUUAAGACUCUGUAUGAGAGACAGGUUUUUCUCUAAGACUCUACUGUCCUAUUACUGCCAUAUACUGCCAUGGUGCAAGGCUUUGUACUGAUGUUCCAUGACCCUGGGGCUAGACAACCCUGAUCUUCAGCCACACCCCAUUUUAUACAACUCAGCUCCCACUGCCAGACUGAAUACAAAAAAUACAAAAAAAUCUAUAAUUGUCUACUGUAACAUCUUACAAAGCUUUUCCAGUUAGUCUCACUUUGUUUUCACAUUACUUUGGGGUUUCUUGCCAGGGGUAAAGGUGCCUGCAUACUAGAUUUGAUUUGUUCAUAGCAAGACUAGGCUAGGCGAAGUGAACGUCUGUGUUCGCAUACUCCAUAAAGUCCUUCGCUUGAAAAACAAGAAAAAAGCAGCAAUAUUACUGUUGUUUGUCCCUCGUAAGCUACUGUAGCAACAACAUAGUCAGUAACACAUCCUCAAAACAGUCAGAAUUAAUCUAAGAUAAAUCAAGAAAUCUGUAAUAAUUUUUUUUACCGAGAUGUCUGUCGCACAAUUGUAUAAAUAGCUAAGAUGUUUGGUGUAAGCGAAAAAGUGAAAAAAGAUUGCAUGAAAACUAGUAGAACAUUACCCUCAAAUAUAUUUUUUUACCCUGUUUUAUGACCUCAAUAUGAGGACAACAGAAUGAUAACAAAUCUCUUUACUUUGGACUUUAUAGUGUUACUGCAAGAUUAGUCUAAAAUGGACAGUGGCUUCCCACUACUUGACGCUCUAAUCAUUUAUUUAGUUUUAUUUACAGCAUUUAUUCGAAUAGAAGCUCCUCUAUCAUUAUUACGGAUAUUUUGUAUUUUUUUACUUACUCUAUUGCAAGACUACAUUAUCAUGGUUCCACUCAGAUUUAUGUUGCAAAGCUACAACAGAUUGCCUGUGUUUUUACAUGCUUGUAAACCAACCUUCCUCAUCCAAGGUUUAUGUUGAUUCAAAUGAGGUACAAGGAACGCUGCUAUUUAAUUGAUCAAGUCCACUUAUGCAAGUAAACCCUGGCAUCUUGGAAAGCUGGAGCACAUGAAAGCAAAGAAGAACAGGGUGGACAAUAAAGUGGAUACAAUCUCAGCCUUACAGUGUUCCUCGUGGAACAUUGGUGUGGAUACCUGAUAGCCUCACAUUGUCAGGAGCAGAACCUUCACAAUCAGCUUCAAACUUCCAUUUUGAACAUUAUUAUUUUGAAAAAUAAAAUGUUUACAUUUAAUUUA